UUGAUGAUGCUUAGAGUAGAGUCCCCUGCAAAUAUGGCUGCUGUCGGAAUAUUUAAUGUGUCUCGUUCUCUCUUGGUUCAGUGUGUUCAGAGACCAAUCUACAGAUGCUAUGCUGCUUCCAGUGCAGUUUCUACAUUUAAGGCAAAAGAUGUAGAGAUUAUACAGACUAAGUCACCAGCACCCAAACCAGAUGUUGGCAACUUGAAGUUUGGGCAUCAUUUUUCUGACCAUAUGCUUGAAAUAGAGUGGAACAAUGAGAGUGGAUGGGGACAGCCAAAAAUUUGUCCUGUACACAACUUUGAAAUGCAUCCGGCAGCAAAGUGCUUACACUAUGCAACUGAGUUGUUUGAAGGAAUGAAAGCUUACCGUGGGGAUGACAACAAGAUUCGAAUGUUCCGACCAAUGGAGAAUAUGAAAAGAAUGUUAUCUACCUCGGAAAGAGCCUGUUUACCACUAUUCGAUGGCAGAGAGCUUGUAGAACUGACCAAGAAGUUGAUUGCAAUAGAUGCUGACUGGGUUCCUAAGGCAACGAAAGAACAACCAAGUUCACUAUACAUCCGACCAACACUUAUAGGCACGGAGCCGACACUUGGUGUUAUACGGUCAAACAGAGCCACACUGUUCGUGUUAAUAGGACCUGUUGGACCCUACUACCCGACAGGAAUGGCCCCAGUGAAGCUUCUAGCUGACCCCCAGUUUGUGCGGGCAUGGCCUGGAGGAUCUGGAGGAUUCAAGAUGGGAUGUAACUAUGCCCCCACCCUGGCUAUACAGAAUGUUGCCGAGAAACAUGGCUGUCAGCAGGUGCUCUGGUUGUUUGGAGAGGAUCAUCAGCUUACAGAGGUCGGCGCUAUGAACUUGUUCACUUUCUGGGUGAAUGAGCAGGGAGAGAAGGAGCUAGUGACUGCACCUCUGAAUGGACUUGUGCUGCCAGGUAUCACCAGGAAGAGUUUACUAGAACUAGGACGCCAAUGGGGAGAAUUCAAAGUAACCGAGAGAGAUUACACAAUGAAAGAGGUGACAAAAGCACUUAGUGAAAACAGGUUGCUAGAAAUGUUUGGGGCAGGGACAGCUUGUGUGGUCAGUCCAAUUGAAGGGAUCCAGUAUAAAGGAGAAAUGCUCAAAAUUCCAACAAUGUCAAACCCAGAAAUAACCAACAAAUGUAUGAAGGAAUUGCUUGAUAUACAGUAUGGACGAACACAGAGUGACUGGACAGAAUUAGUAGAGUGAUGUCUCCAUGGAAGCAGAAGUGGAAUUAUGGGAUGUAGACAGAAACCAGUCAGCUGGUCUGCAGGUGUCUGUGUUUGAAAUGGCAUAACAAAUCUAGAUCUGGAAUUUGUAAUGAUUUUCUGUCCAUAGUAAAGAAAAUGUCAUAUCACUUUUAAAUUAUGCACCAAAUAUUUUACGAGAUGGUAUUUUAAGCUGGAUUUGAAUUGGUAGUGUCAUUAUGUAUCAUAUAUGAAAAUGUUUAUUUGGAUUUUGAUUUAAACCUAUAAGAAUUUUCUGUACCCUUUGAAGUAAUGUCAUAUUACUAGCCCUGCUCCAUGUAGGUAUUUUUGCAUUACUGUGAAAUCAGUAUUUUUGUGGUGGAAUAAAUUUCGGGGUUGAGUCUAUCCGCAGAAUUUAAUCCCAGUGGGGCAGUAAAAAUAACAUUUAUUUCAUGUUCAGAGGUUAGAGUCUACAAAUUUAUAACCCUACUGAAAAGCGUUUUGGCUAAAAUCACGGAACUUCAUACCCAGAAAAUUGAAAGAUAUCACUGUAUAUUUUAAGCAGAAUUUGAAUUGAAAAUUACAGACUAAAAACAUUAAAGUAAAUAUGUUUUGGACAUUGGGUACUAGCUAAUCAUUUAUACUAGAUUGUUGUAUAAUUUCAAUUGUAAUUGAAUUGCACACUUCAGUUAAGAUAUUGCAAAACAAACUUAACCUUUAGCCGGCUGGCGGCAAGUGAUUCUGCCUUUGCGUGCAGGCUGAUCAUGGUCUGCACUGUUGGCUAUUCAGUCAGUAAAUUUUCAGUGAACAUCCCUUCGAAUAAUAAAUGGUAUUGCCUAAAUUGAAUGGACAAGUCCAUUGUAGAAAUUUGGCAGGGUAAAGGUUAAAGAGACGUUGGUUGAACUGCACCAGUAUUACACAUUGUUAAGAUAUUGCUUUUAAAUGCACUCUUUGUAGAUUGAAUUACUGUUGUAGUCAUUUUAUUGGCAAUCAUUUUUUUAUCAAAUUAAACAUAGUAACAUGUAAAAGGACAAAAAGAAGUCAUUUGAUAUUUUAUGUUUUUAGCAUGGCAGUCAAAAAAUUAUGUAAAAUCAAGUUAAAGUUAGUGUUUUUGUCAAAAAAAAGAGAAAAAGAAAUUUGUAAAUUUACAGGUUGUAAUUCACCGAGUGAGAGAUCUGUGAUACGUACAUGUAUGCAUUAUGUCAUUGUUGUAGUAAGAUAUUAGACGGUCUUUGAUAAUUAAAGAGGCUGCAAUUUCAUUCUUGUAUGCUUACAUGUAGUGAAUUCCUUUACAUAUUUCAAUAAAAUUAUUCUAGAGUUGUCCAAUAACUUUAAUUGAAUCACACACUACAGGUAAAUAUACAUGUUUAAAAUAUGAAGUUUAGUUUUAACAUGCAGAAUUGAGUGUUUAAGGCUACAUUUUAUGACUGGCCAGCAAUUUCUGAAGUUUUUUUAACCAAGAACACUUACUGAAAUAAGUCUUGAAAUCUGACAUGUAUGCGUACCAUAAAAGUAUGAAAUAUCAACCUCUCACACUGUAUUGUGUAUUGUCUGAUUUGAUUUUCCAACCAGAAAACUAUCUUUUGAUUAGAUAAAAAAAAGGUUUUAAUCAGCAAGACUGUUAAAACAGACAGCUUUAGGAUAAUUCAGGCUAGUGUUUCAAGUAAACCAGAUUGUACGAUAGAUUAAAGCUAUUACAACAGUAAUAGCCAUUGUUAUAAUACUGUAGCAAUAAUGGUUAAUUUUAGCUCAUUUAAGCCAUUUUUAUGAUAAUGGCUGUUUACCAUUAAUGGCUAUCAUUU